AUUUCAUCUGUAUUUCGAACCAUAUACAGAGGUGUCAAUAUUCUCGUUCUUUUGCGCCUCAAGUUUUGCGGAUUGAUAUCAAUACAUCAUUCGGUUAAGCUGUAAGUAAGCGUCAAGUGGGAAUUGUGAAGCCAUCCAACAGAGCGGUUUGCAACAAACAAACAAAACAUUUUCCAGAAGACUGAGCUUAUCAUGAUAAACAACUACAGCCAUACGAUGAUGAAUUUCAGUGAUAGUGAUUCACAAUGCCCUGACGCUAUUUCUAUAUUUUUCACAACAUCUACGGCUUUCCUAAGCAUGGUUGCUGUACUUGGAAAUAUUCUGGUGAUCGUUGCAGUGUACAAAACUCGAAACCUUAGGACAAGUACUAAUUACUACUACGUCAACAUGGCCAUUUCUGAUUUCCUCUCAAGCCUCACCAUUUGGCCGCUUUAUCUUUCAAACGAGAUCAUAACGAGCAGAGGAAGUCUGUUUAAAGGGUCUCUGGCCACUGCUGGUUGCAAAGUGGGAGUAUUUUUCAGAAUGACGUCAGUUAUUGUGUCAAUACUGAGCCUGGUGUUGAUCGCUGUGGAUAGAUUCAUCGCUACCGUGUUCCCAUUAAAAUCAACGUUGGUCACUGGGAAAGUCAGAACAUUUCUGCUGUUUGCGACAUGGACGAUAUCAAUGGCAUACUGCUUCCCGAUGCUGUAUUAUUCCAGAGCCGAAGACUUUGGUCAAGAAACUUAUUGCAAAUUUGCAUGGAAUAGCAAUGCUCUCAUGAUAUAUUACAUAACUGGUUUGGCGUUGUUUGAGAUUGCACCGAUCAUUGCCAUUGUCAUUCUUUACUCGCGGGUUAUGGGUGUUUUGUAUAAAAGGAUUAAACCAGGAACUGGUGCGAGAGACAACAGUUCUUAUCAAAAUCGGAGAAAUGAGCAAAACCGAAACAUUUUGAAGAUAUUCAAAUCAAUCGUUGUUAUGUUUUUCAUUUCUUUUUCUUUCUUUUUCGUUUAUUUGAUUCUUAAGAUGACAUUUCCUGAACUUUUCGUCAAAGACAAAUGUAAGUGGAUUCUUGGGUUCGCUUAUUUUGUGUUUCCGUCGCUCAGUUCAGUAAUUAAUCCAAUUAUUUUGUUUGCAUUCAGCACGAAUUUCCGUCAAGCCCUGUGUAGAUUGUAGAUGUUUUCUCUCGGGAGAUUCUUCUUUUGUGGCAGAAAAGAGGAAAGUGAACGAGUUUUCCCGGCCCUUGAUACUUUGCUUUUAAGGAUAAAGGAAAAGACUAUGAGCGAUUUUUGGAUAGAGUAAGAAGAGGACGAUGUUCGAUGA